CUAUAUCACUUAGUCAAUGCGAAAGCUCUGCGCAGAGUGUUGUGUGUCAAAACUACUGUUGUGUAAAAUUUUAACAGUGUAGUGUUUUUGUUAGAUUGUUUUUUGAAUAAAAAUGUAGAUACAGUAGAGUUAAAUUAGGUUGGAUUUGAACCCAUUUGGAUCGACGGAUCGCGUGAUAUUUUUAGAAAUUAUUUAUAUUAAAAGGAUGGAGGCUGAGUGUUAAGAUGACAGUGAUCCUGUACGACCACUGCGAUCUUGAGGAGAGGCCAUCCAAAUAUCUGAGGAUAUGGAAAGCUUGGCACAUAAUACUUUACGUGCUCAUCGCAGUCUGUGGGAUUUUGAACUACAGUUUUCUGGAAAGUUCCAGACAGUCUAUUGACGACCGAUGCUACCUGUUCCCACGAGAACUGGCCUUCCAUAUGGUAGAACUAGAAGAACCACAUGAACGAUUAAACUUACACAUCAAAAACAAUAAUAGAAAUGAAACGGCAGAUACUGAACUGAAGGAUAUAGUUAAAGAUGGAAAUCAAACUGCUCAAAUAAUUGAUGCUCAAAACAGUGCCGAUAACACAGAUUCUGCUCAAAAUGUAGCAAGUGAUAUUGUUAAGGACCAAGAUGUUAUCCCAAGAGAUAAGCGGGAAGUUAUAUUCAGGAAUAUUACAGGAGAUUUUGAAACAACGAUAGAACUUGACAAUGUGACUGUAGUGAUUGAGAACAGGACCCACCGGUUGAUGCUGGACACAUUUCGUUCCUUCUUCCUCUCUGACAAUGACUGUCAGUUUGCAGAAUACAUGCCGAUCUUGUCUUCUACGUUUGCUAUCGUCUGGCUGACUCUCUUCGUUAUGUGCCCUCGCGGUGGAAAAUCUAGAACUGGGAUAACCGAGCCGUGGCGCAUCCUUAGCCCGGCUCUGAUCUUCGCGGUGCUGCUGGUGGGGCUCACGGGACACAGCUUCACCCUCACCAAUAGAGGCAUCGACUCGUUCUGCGCCGCCUUUGUGAACUAUACCAAUGCUACCACCUGCUCACCAGUGGACCAACUCCUCCAAUCCUCAUGGAACGCCACUUGGCCCUUCUCCGCACGGGCGGCGGCCACGCGGGCGGCGGCCGCGGGCGUGUGGGCGGGCUGGGCCUGCGCCGCCGCGCUUCUGGUGUCCCGGUGCCUCACCGCCGCCGACUUUGUGGUCAGGCGGACCCAGGUGUACGUGAAGCGGGAUCCGCACCAGAAAGUCCUACCCCACCUGUUGAAGUCUCCAAUCCUAUCAACACAAACCUCAUCACCCUCGCGCCGCGCCGCCCCGCUCUCGCCCGUCACCUCGGUCAAGUCCGAACCCACCAUCACGACGCAACUGGUGACAGCGUCGGUCGAACACGGCCCGGAGUCUGCCCCGUCCUCGCUGGUGACAACCCCUGUGAGGGACAGUAGGAGUGCCGAGAUGCUGGAGAUGGCACAUUCGCCGAAGGAGUUCCAGAUUGUUAAUGAGCGAUGAGGUGGCAU